AUGGCUUAUGUUGUUGGGGAGGGGGGCAAGAAGAUGGUGCUAUCGUCUGCCACCAAAAAAUGGAAGGAUUUUAAGUCUACCUUAACUAGGCAGUUUAUCCUUCCAUUCGCAAUUGAGAAGGAGAAGUUAAAAGAGCCCCCUCAGCUUUAUAACUUCAUAGAGAAAUCUGAAUGGGAUGCCUUUGUAGCUUCAAGGUUAUCCCCAGAUUUUGAGGCUGUGCAUUCUGAGCAGUCACAGAGAAGGGAGAAAUGCGAGUACAACCAUAGGUUGUCUCGAAAAGGGUACGUUGGUUUGGAGGAUCAAUUGGACGAAACCAUGCCCGGUGAAGAAAUCGAUCGAUCUCUACUAUGGAAGAGGGCAAGAGAAGAUAAACAGGGAAACAUCCCUGAUCCAAAGGUUGCAGAGAAGGCAAAAUUAAUCGAUGAUUUGAAAAAACAAGUCUCCGAGGGCACUCUGACUGUCUCCGGAAGCAACGAUGUUUUGACCAUGGCUUUGGGAACACUUGAGCAUGGUGGGAGGGUCAGAGGUGUUGGAGCUGGGGUUUCCCCAACUCAAUUCUUCAAUUUGCCGAGACAGCAGAGAGUAAAAUUUGCUGACAAAUUGAAGGAAAGUGUUAUGGCAGCAGUGAGAGAGGAAACCAAAAAGAUGGAGGCCAGGGCAAAGGAAAGUGUUAUGGAGGCAGUCAGAGCAAAAGGGGAAAUUAUGUUGAAACAAUUCAGUCAACUAAUUCCCAACUUUGAUCCCAACAUGCUCAGUAAAAUUCCAACUACACCAAUUACUCCAAUUCCUCCAAUUCCUCAAGAGCAAAGCCCAAAAAAUCCAAUGUCUAAUAAAGCAAGCUGCUCUAAUGUGAGAGCCCCUGAAUUGGAUGAAGACAAUCCUAUGAAUGAUGUUGAUGCUGAUGCUGCUGAAAACUGUCAAGAUCAAACAGAUCUCUCAAAGCUUGACAUGCCAGCUCCUUUGUUAGCCUUAUGCCAAUAUGUCGAGACCAAGUUGAAGCCUGCUAACGAGACCAUUACAGUUCAUAUGCCUGAGGAAAUGUUUGGCACUGAUGAAGACAUUUUACAAUUUGCUUCCAUGGUUGAGAUUGGAGCCAUAGUGAUUGCAGUAUACAUGAGGUACCUAUUCGAUUAUUUAAAAAUGGCAAAUAUGGUAAAACUUGUUGGCCUUGUGGACCGUGGACAAGUCAGCUCUCAAUCUGGAACAUUAUCUCACCGCUCAAAACAUCUCUCAGAAAGCCUGAAAAAGGCAGAUGGGGAUCAAUUUUACUUUAUAUUUAAGAGACCAACUAAGGAGACUGUCUAUUACAUGAAUUCAUUGCCAAACCGCUCUGUUGACGAGGACAUGAGAAAUAUAGUGAAUACAUAA